CAUUAUAACCAUGCGAAAAGAACAGUUCAACGCCCAGUUGAUGACCCUGCUGCUCUAAUUCUGGAAGCCUGGUCCCAAGGCCUCAUGAUGGGUUCACUCAUCAUGAUGGCUGCAGUUACCUAUGCGAACAUGCGACCAGGUGUUCUGCUGCACAAGUUGAUCUUAUUAGAGUUGAUUCUAGCCCUACCCCACGGAACAUUCAUAUUCGCCCCGGACCCUGUUUACGGUUGGUACCUGGCCACAACCACUAUUGGAUUGAUCGUAUCCUGGUCUUUGCACAACGUGAUCGCGUGGAUGAAGAACAGGCGGUUCAUGGGCCGUAAAAUAUCGCUGUUCUAUGUCGGCACGAUCAUCCUGGCUCAGCCAUACUGGGCAACCGAGAUUUACGCCAACUUCGCCUACUUCAACAACAUAAACCCUACGGUUUACGAGAAGAUUCGUCCGUGGGAAGCACUGUUUCGCGAUCCGUGGUGGAUUUAUACUACGUGCAACCUCUUUUGGGUUAUCAAGACACAUUACAACUUUGGCAUCCUCGAAUUAAUACGCAAAUCUCCUCGAUUCGGGCUCAUGCUGGUCUCAAUGUGUCUCUCCAUUGUCUUCAUUGCCCUCGACGUUAUCAGCGUCACUGGGGCACUCAGCUCCGCCAUGCCACUAGGCAUCAACCCCUUUUGGAAAGUGAGGUCCCAUUCGGUCCCCGCUAGAAGGAUUUUACUUCCUCUUGUGUCUACGGCUGACGAAUGA